AUGCCCAUAUUGCAAAUUGGCUGCCCAAAGCGCCACAUCAGCCGCCUCAACGUUUAUGCGGGCUUGGCGGGGGCACGAUGGCUGGCCCGUAUGGCCAUAGCUGUUCAUGUCGCUGUUCAUGUCGCUUCCAUGCCACAGCAACCAAACCAAUACAUGACGGCACACGGGCGCUUUCAUCAUAAGCUGGCAAGAAGCGAGAGGCUUCACAUCAUUAACAGGUUGUGAGUUUCUAUGCGCGCGCUCAUAUUAAUACAGCGAGUGGACGUCAUAUAAGAGAACUGAAACAUAAUCAUUGGGCGACGGCUAUUCCAAGCUUCUAGGCUGGAAUGGGAGCAAUCGAAACGGGGCCCAUUGCCCCCAGAAGGCUGAAUUGCUGACGUUCUAAAUUGCUUCCUAGUAGAUUUGCUAUGGGUACAAAACGAAGAUGGAGGGCAAGUCACAUCGUGUGAGCAAGGUCGGUCGCAAGGCCGACAAAAAGAAGGCGGCCGACAAGAAGAAGCGAGGAAUCAGCAAUGAAAAGAAGCAGAACCCGAAGGCUUUCGCCUUCCAGUCUGCUGGCAAGGCGAAGGCGCAGCAAGCACGCACCGCGGAGCGGGAGCAGCGGCGGCUUCACGCACCCAUGCUGGACAAGCUGGGUGAGGAGCCACCACCGUUCGUGGUCCUGGUCCAGGGCCCACCCGGGGUGGGCAAGUCCACGCUCAUCCGUGGGCUGGUGAAGCACUACACGCGGCAGAACCUGGCGGACGUGCGCGGGCCCAUCACCUGCGUGGCUGGAAAGAAGCGGCGCAUCACGCUGGUGGAGUGCCCCUCAGAUCUGUGUGGCAUGAUGGACGCGGCGAAGUACGCGGACCUGGUACUCCUGCUGAUCGACGGCUCAUUCGGCUUCGAGAUGGAGACGUUCGAGUUCCUUAACCUUCUGCAGGUGCACGGCUUCCCCAAGGUGAUGGGCGUGUUGACACACCUGGACGGUUUUCGUGAGGCCUCUCAGCUCAAGAAGACCAAGAAGAAGCUCAAGCAGCGCUUCUGGACCGAGAUUUAUGACGGCGCCAAGCUGUUCUACCUGUCCGGCAUCCAGCACGGCAAGUACCUGAAGCGCGAGGUGCUGAACUUGGCCCGCUUCAUCAGCGUCAUGAAGCACCGCCCUUUGACGUGGCGCCUGGCGCACCCGUACACGCUGGUGGACCGCUUCGAGGACGUGACGCCGCGGGAGCUGGUGCGGGCCAACCCCAAGGUGGACCGCGACGUGAUCCUGUACGGCUACCUGCGCGGCACCAACAUCAAACCCGACCAGCGGGUGCACAUCGCGGGUGUGGGCGACUUCACCAUUCAGGAGCUGGACCCGCUGCCUGACCCCUGCCCGCUGCCGGAGACUGUGAAGCGGCGCGGGCUGAACGACAAGGAGCGGCUGCUGUACGCGCCCAUGGCGGACGUGGGCGGCCUGCUGUAUGACAAGGACGCUGUGUACAUCGACAUCCCCGACUGGAAGGUCCAAUACACGGGCUCUGGCGGCCAGCCUGCGGACGAGGGCGAGGCCAUGGUGCGGCAGCUGCAGGCGACUCAGGAGCCGGUGGAUGAGGCGCUGCGGCGCGGAAAGAUCCGCAUCUUCGGCGGUGGCCGCGCCAUUGGGGGCGAAGACGCCAGCAGUGGUGAGGAGGAUGACGGCUACGACGACGAUGAGGUGGACGAGGACGAGGAGGAGAGCGGGAGCGGGGAUGAGCUGGCAGGCAUCAGUGAUGAGGAAGACGGGGCGGAUGACAGUGAGGACGAGGAGGAAGAUGAUGACGAUUCUGACCCGCGGGCCAAGGCGCUGAGGCGCGGCAUGCCACGAGGCGGCGCGCCCGUCACGGGAGCGGACGGGCGCAUGCGGCGUGCGGCGGUAUUUGGCGGGGGCUCCGUGGCUCUGCAAGGUCGCGGCGAUGGCGAGUCGGACUCAGAGGACGAGGACGCGGGGGAGGACGUGGACGCAGACGCGGAUGAGAACGACAUGGACGACGCCGGGCAGCAGCAGGCACGGAAGCGGCGCCGGCUGGAGAGUGGUGCAGCUGGGGUGGAGGAUGAGGCUGAGGAGGGUGGGGACAGUGAGGAUGACUCGGAGGGCAUGGGUGGCGCCGCCAAGUGGAAGUCGGGCAUGGCGGCGCGCGCCAGCUCUUUCUUCAGCACACGCUCCUCCGAUCUGGCGGCCUUCGUUUACGGCAAGCGCGCGGUGGCGGGCGCCGGCGACAACGCCGACGGCGGCAGCGAGGACGGCGAGGGGCGGGGUCUUGGCGAGGUGGGCGGCGGCGGCGGCGGCGAGGACGGCAGCGAGGACAGCGACGAUGACUUCUUUACACUGAAGAAAGCGGGAGGCGCUGAUGGGCCGGGCGCGGAGCGAGCCAAGACAGGCAAUCUGGAGGCCGUUGAUGCUCUGGACACAAGCCGCGUGCUGCUGGGCCCAGAAGCGCUGGCGGCCUGGGCGGGUGACAGCGGGGCGGAGCUGAUGUCCGCGCUGCGUAACCGCUUCGUGACGGGCGACUGGGCGGAGGGGCAGCGACGGGCGGAGGCGCGGCCGGGUGGCGCCGGCAGCGACGAGGAGGAAGGUGGUAGCGACCAGGAUGAUGACGAGGUGUUUGGCGACUUUGAGGACAUGGAGGCGGGUGAGCGGCUGGCGGGGCCCAGCGGCGGCGGCGACGCGGUGUCGGUGGCGGCGCAGAAGGCCAUUGACGACGCGCGCAAGGAGGCGGAGCGGCUCAAGGCCAUGAAGGCAGCAAAGAAGGCAGCAUUUGACUCCGCAUAUGACACCAAGGGCGCCAAGGACGGCGACAGUGACGCGGAGGACGGCGGCACCGGUGGCGAGGGUGGUGGCGGUGGCAGUGGCGACGAGGGCGAGGGCGGCAAGAAGGGCAAGGCCGGCAAACCAGGCCGGCCUGGUGAUGAGGAGACAUACUACGACUCGGUGAAGAAGGAGCUGGCGGCGCGCGCAGCCGCCACCCGCAGCCUUUUGGACAGCCUGGACCCAGCCACCCGCCAGGCCAUGGAGGGACUGCGCCCCGGCACCUACGUGCGACUGCGCUUCAGCGGUGUCCCCUGUGAGCUUGUGACUCAUCACGACCCGCGGCGGCCGCUGUUAAUCGGUGGGCUGGGCCAAGGCGAGGAAAAGCUGGGCAUGAUGCGGCUGCGCUUCAAGCGCCACCGCUGGUUCCCCAAGCUGCUCAAAUGCCGCGACCCCCUCAUCUUCAGUGUCGGCUGGCGGCGGUUCCAAUCCAUGCCGGUAUACGCAGUCGAGGACCACAACCGGCGGCUGCGCAUGCUCAAGUACACCCCCGAGCACAUGCACUGCAUAGCCACUGUGUACGGCCCACUGGCGCCGCCAAACAGCGGCGUGGCGGCUGUGCAGAGGCUGGAUGGACAAGUGGCGGGCUGGCGUAUCGCUGCCACUGGUGUCGUGACCGAGCUGGAUGCGGACGUGCGUGUUGUCAAGAAGCUCAAGCUGGUGGGUACGCCGUUCAAAAUCGCCCGUCACACGGCGUUCGUCGGCGGCAUGUUUAACAGCGCUCUGGAAGUGGCGCGGUUCGAGGGGGCGUCCAUCCGCACCGUCAGCGGCAUCCGCGGUACCAUUAAGAAGGCGCUGCGGCCAGGUGUGCACGGUGCCAAGGACGGCGCAUACCGCGCCACCUUUGAGGACAAGCCGCUGCUGUCGGACAUCGUGUUCCUGCGCGCCUGGAUUGCGCUGGACCUGCCGCGCUUCUACAACCCCGUCACCAACCUGCUGGCGGCGGCGCCGACUGACGUCAACCGACCCCCCAAGAACAGCAAGCGUGUCCGCGGCGGCGCCGAGCCGGAGCAAGCACCCACAGAUGUGGCAGCUGGCAUGGUGGUGAAUGCCGGCACAGCUGCUGCUGCGGACGCAACCGCGGCGGCCGCCGCUCCGGGCAAGCGUGAGUUCCAGGCAUCCUCUACGUUCACUGGGCCGCGCCCGGGCAUGGCAUUCAAGCUGGGCCCGCAGGGGCAGGGCUACUACAAGGACGAGGGGCCGACGGUGGCAGCAGCCACAGCAGCCGCCGCCCAUGCUGCCAGUGCCGCAGCUAAAGCGGCCGCCCUGGCAAGUGGAUCCAUCCCUCCAGCAGAUGGCGCGGCUGCAGGCGGCGCACCCGAUUCACAGGGUUGGGUGGGUCUGCGCACGGUGGCGGACCUGCGCCGUGCACUCGGCACGGGCGCGCCUCGUGCCAGUGACAGCCUGUACCGAGACAUUGAGCGCGCGCCCCGGAAGUUCAACCCUCUCAAGGUGCCCAAGGCGCUGCAGGCGGCGCUGCCCUUUAAAUCCAAGCCCAAGCUGGAGCCCUCACGCAAGCGGAAGACGCUGGAGCAGAAGCGCGCCGUGGUCAUGGACAAGGACGAGAAGAAAGCCUACACGCUGCUGCAGCAGCUCAAUGCCAUCCGCAACGAGAAGGCGCGCAAGCGCCGUGAGCAGAGUGACCGCCGUCAUGGGCAGUAUGAGAAGAAGCAGGCCGCGCAGGAAGAGUGGCGCGCCAAAUUCAACAAGGAGGAACGCAAGAAACGCUAUCGGGAGGAGGGCCAGGCUGAGAAACGCAAGGAGAUGGGCGGGGCAAGAGGAGGUAAAGCAGCGAAGGGGGCAAAGCGGCGGAAGGCGGCAGCAGCGGCGGAGUGAGUGCAGCCCAGCGCGCUGCUCAGCAUCAGGGGGGCAUGACGUGGGGGCAUGGGGUACAGCAGUACUCUGAUUGUUUGGGAAGUGUCCAUGCCAUGCAGCGCCUGGGCGUACAUUAUAGGAGUGUCGUCGGCGUGGAUAUGAACCUAUACAUGGGUCAACUCACCUGUCCAUGCCCCUGUAUCGUGGUACUCAGUUGGAUUCAGUUGAAGAGGUUGCUUCAAUUAGGUAUGUGCCCUUGGUGCUAGAGAUUGCUGAGUACCUAAUAAAUGAGAGUGUGAAUGUUUUGGAUGCGAGGGGACAACCAUUGUACUCAUGUACUGAAACCUGAUGGGUUCCACACGAACAUAGCAGGCUGUGUGCCAGUCAGGUGGUGUUCCUGUAGGAGCUGUUGUGGUGGUGUGAGGUGUUCGGGGGUUUAGGUGGGGUGGGGCAUGGCCCCCUUAGUGGUCCUUUCUUUGAGGCUUCAUACUUACAGAAUUGACCAGGGGCAGACACGCUCCCCCCCUACUGCUUGGCACAGAGACCCAAAGACAGCCUGGUCCCACAGACCAGAACCCCGACAGGGCAAGAGAAGAAAGAGAA